AUGCGGUGUAUCAAGGCGAACCGCCCUUGCGGUGGAUAUGAGCACGGAGACAAGAUGAUAUAUCGACAGUAUGAGGUGCAGGGCCCAACUCCACAACCCACAAUCAUGUCCUGGGCCCGGCAGUGCUCAUUACCCAAACGGGUUCCCCUGCCUGGCACUAACAUACUCCCGGAUGAUUCAAUCCCCUUGGAGACAUCCCAAGCUGAAAGCGAGAUGCUUGGAUUCCGGUGUUUCCUCUUCGACUACGGCAUGGUGUCGACUAAUCAGAACCUCUCUCGCAGCUACCUCCCUGAUCUGGACGCCUUAUUUCGGCAGGUUGGAUUUAAUUCUGACCUUGUCAAGGCCUGUCGAGCUGUUUCAUUUGCUAGUCGUGGGAAGGGGUUGAAUAGACCAGCCUUUAUUUCCCAAGGCGAGAGAGCGCACCAAGAAAUUCUCACGUCUUUAGCCAAGAUAAUUGCAUACUCCAACGCUAAUAAUGCAGCCGAGCUCAAACGAGUCGUCAUGUUACUUGGGCUGUAUCAGAUGAUAAUGGCAGACGAUACGAAUUAUUCAUCAAUAGACGCCCACGCCGACGGAUUUCUGGCCUUGGUAAGCCUCGGAAAGUCGGCCGGUUCAUUAACGUUUAAUCCGGAUAACAAGUUUCUUGGUGUUUUCUCGCCCCCAGCCUUGAAUACUGGGGGUUCAUUUGAUAGCUUAUUAGUCGAUUUCCACAUCCUAUCCGAGAGGGUCAAUACAUGCCAGUCUCUUGACCAACUGAGAUUGCUCAUAGAGGAAGCAAUAGAGUUAGAAGACCGCUUCAAGGAUUGGGAGUCUUCGCGGAGCUCUGAGUUCCGACCCUCCACGGCUGGCCAUAUCACCCCUGCUGCAAAUUCUGGUGAGCCUGCAGUAGGGAGGUGGCCGGGAAAGGUGGAUUCCUAUUUCGAUCUCUACGUGUCUGGAGUUUGGAACACCUUUCGAGGGGCGAGACUGUUACUCAUUUCUAUGAUAAUAGACCUCUCAUCCAAUUUGGGAGACGGGAAUCAGUGCAUACAGCAAUUCAUCAACCGGGGAACCCAGAUAGCUGAAGACAUGGCUGGAUCUGUCCUAUUCCAUCUUGCGGACAACCCCCAGACAAGUUUGAUGGAAAAAGAUACCGCUUCAGAUAUAAAACAUCCCGGGCGGUUUCUUGGCGGGUUUCUACUCAUGUAUCCUAUGUACACGGCGUGCCAGACGAGCUAUCUUCCCCAGGCAAUCCGUAACUACUUCCGCAGAUGCCUACGGUGGAUUGGAUCUGAGAUGGGCAUAGGGAUGGCGACAGUGCUUGCAACAGUGGGUUCUUACGGCUAG